GAGAGAGAGGGAGAGCGAGCGAGCUAGAGGCUGUGCUCACUGACUCAGUCAUACUGAACUGCAGGGGCAGAGGAGCGGAGGCGACGCGCCGUGUCCGGCUGCAGCGAUCUCUACUCGCAGGGAAAAAUACGGAUUUAAAGUUGGCGGAUUGUGUAUUCGACUCCUGAAUUUGACGUGGGACAAGUUCGGCUCCCUCGUGGGAUAGUUUUGUUGCAACUUGCGCGCUUUUGCUUGUGUUACACUUGAGUUUUCUGUACGCGUCUGUCUGUGGAUAUGGACAGAAGAGAGCCCGCUGCAGGGGAAGAAGACGCGCCGGUGGAAACCUUCGUCUGAGCGGGGAUUUGAUGAAGCCCUAUCGGCCUUCUUGUACUUGUUUUCACAGACUUGGAUUUCGAGACACGGAACCAGGACCUUUGAGUCGUAUUUCACCCCAGACGCUCGGUUUCAACGACAACGCGGUGCGCGAAACAUGGAAACAGUAGCGCGACAGAGUUUCCAGCCUCACCCUGGACUGCAACAAACUCUCAAACAGUUUCACCUGAGCUCCAUGAGCUCUCUCGGCGGACCGGCCGCGUUCUCGGCCAGAUGGCAACACGACCUGCUCUUCAGGAAGGACGGCAAAGACGUCCCGGAGCCCGUGCUGCACCUCCCCCCCAUGCAGCCUCCGCAGGUGAUGCCCGGGCCGCUCUUUAUCCCGUCUGACCGCUCCACCGAGAGGUGCGAGACGGUCCUGGAGGGCGAGACGAUCUCGUGCUUCGUGGUGGGCGGCGAGAAGCGCCUGUGCCUGCCGCAGAUCCUCAACACGGUGCUGCGGGAUUUCUCGCUCCAGCAGAUCAACUCUGUGUGCGACGACCUGCACGUCUACUGCUCGCGCUGCACCGCCGACCAGCUGGAGAUCCUGAAGGUGAUGGGCAUCCUGCCGUUCUCCGCGCCGUCCUGCGGACUUAUCACCAAGACGGACGCGGAGCGCCUGUGCAACGCGCUCAUCUACGGGGGGACGUACCCGCCGCACUCCAAGAAGGAGAUGUACGGCUCCAUCGAGCUGGAGCUCACCGAGAAGAGCUUCAAGAUCUAUCACGAGUGCUUCGGGAAGUGUAAGGGUCUGCUGGUCCCGGAGCUCUACACGAGUCCCAAUGCGCCCUGCAUUCAGUGCAUGGACUGCAGGCUCAUGUACCCGACCCAGAAAUUCGUGGUGCACAGUCACAAAUCGCUGGAGAACAGGACUUGCCACUGGGGCUUUGACUCGGCCAACUGGAGGGCGUAUGUCCUCCUGAGCCCGGAUUACACGGGGAAAGAGGAGAAAGCACGUCUGGAGCAGUUCCUGGAUGACAUUAAGGAGAAAUUUGACUUCGCCAAUAAAUACAAGCGGAAAGCAUCACGGGCGUCUGAUCCCAUUCCUGCCAAGAAGUCCAAACACGAUGACUUUCCAGCACAGUCGCCCUCAGGAGACAAAGACAAGCAACCUGAUUGGCUACGAUCCCUCUCUGCAUCAGCCAAUAAGGGGCUCAACUGCAUCCAGCCCAGACAGAGACCAUCUGCCUUCAGGCCAUGGUCUCCAAACAUCUCUGUUGGUGAUAAGGAGGGAGGCGGCAGGCCUGCUAGCAUGUUACGUGACAGCUUCUACAACUACAAGAGCCUGGAGAGUGCCGUGGCCCCCAAUGUAGCUCUGACACCCCUCCAGAAAGGAGGACAGGCCUCUCCCACUGCCCCGAGCAGUUCACACCCGCAUGGGGCGGAAAGCGAAGGUGCCAACCGCGGGAGGAAGAGGAGGCUGACAGGUGAGACCCACCCCAGCCCACAGCCCUGCCCCUCGGCCACUGCCAGCAAGCCCCUGCCGCCCUCUCAGGAGGAGCGAGACUCGGACGUGGAGGUGGAAGUGGAGAGCCGUGAGGAUUUUACCUCAUCGCUUUCCUCACUCUCCUCCCCAUCUUUUACAUCCUCGAGCUCUGCUAAGGACUUGAGCUCUCCCUCCGGCCCCGGAGCCACCUUACCAGCAGUUCUGAUGCCAGCCAGCGGGCCCCCUGAAUGUCCCCUGGUGUCCGGAGGGGAGGGACAUGCCAUGACGAACCUGGAGUCAGAGCUGGAGACGCUGAGGCAGGCACUUGACAAUGGACUGGACUCAAAAGAGUCAAAGGAAAAGUUUCUACACGAGAUAGUGAAGAUGAGGGUAAAACAGGAAGAGAAGCUGGGAUCCGCCUUACAGGCCAAACGGGGCCUCCUGCAGGAGCUCGAGUUUCUCCGUGUUGCUAAGAAGGAGAAGCUCCGUGAAGCAACCGAGGCAAAGAGGAACCUACGCAAGGAAAUUGAGCGUCUGCGUGUUGAAAGCGAGAGGAAAAUGAGAGAGGCCAAUGAGUCACGCAUACGGCUGAAGAGAGAGCUGGAGCAGGCCAGACAGCUACGAGUGUGUGACAAGGGCUGUGAGGCCGGCCGUCUGCGAGCCAAGUACUCUGCACAGAUUGAAGACCUGCAAGUAAAGUUGCAACAUGCCGAGGCAGACCGAGAGCAGCUGAGAGCCGAUCUGAUUCAAGAGCGGGAGGCAAGGGAGCACCUGGAGAGAGUGGUCAAGGAGCUGCAGGAACAGCUGUGGCCCAAAAGCCCCAGCAAGAACGGCACAGACACACCAACCCCACCCGCCAAAGACUCCCACUAAUCCUCUAUCUCUUGACUCAACCCAAUCCACAUCAACGCCGCCCUGAUUGACAGCACCAACCGCCCAAUCAUGUCAACUAGCAUGCGGGUGAGCCCUGCCCACCUGCCUCUUAGCCAGCGCAAACCCGGAGGUAUCCUGAACGUUUUUUUGAUAGACUUCAGACACAUUUUUGAAAAAGUUUUACUUCGAGAGCACUGAAAUGCACCUCGCCUCCAACAAGAUGUAAAAAAAAAAAAAAAGGAAGAAGAAAAAAGCUAAAGUUCAAUCGGAAAGGAAGAAGCCAAUAGCACAAAAGCUAACUGUGCCUGAAACUGAAUACAUUUUGAAAUGAAGACUUUUCUAUGACAAACAAAUUGGUGAUAAUGACGCAAAAUUUUACUUAGCAAUUUUUAAGCAUGCUGUCCGCCCCACGUUGUUAUCGAAGAGACAAGGACUCAUCAUCAUCCCAUCAGUAAUUCCUGUUUCCUUUUUCUUCUCUCUUUCGUUUUGAGGAACUAAGAUGAAAAUCACAUUGUAAUAAGCUAUUUAAGAGACUUGAUAGUGAGUGUGGAUAAAAAAAAAAAAAAACCUUCAGCGAAUUAUCAGAGCCUCAAAUUUCCCCCUUUUUCAUGUACAUACAUGUCAUGCUGGUUAAAAGAAGCCAUGGAGACAAAUGGUUACACACACUUUUAUCUUUAACAAUGGUAAAGAGAUACUGGUCAGGAGAGCGUUGAAGGGCUUUGGAGAGCUAGAGGUGGAGUAGCUCAGCCCUGUUGAAAGGGAGAGAUAUUUGUAUUCAAGUAAGUGUUUUGAUCAAGCCUGAGCACUUUCUUUUAAUGGCAAACAAAUGUCGGCGGAUCUUAAGAUCGUGGUCAGUGUGGAAUUGGAGGUUUGCGGCUCGUGCUCUCUGUGAGGGUUUGGGUUUUCUUCUCAUCACACACGCGUACAGCUUCUCCGUGGGCUGAGGUGCUGACAACCUGCCCGGCUCAAAAACGUGGGCGGCCAUUUUUGGGAAUUAACCUAAAGCAUAAAACAUACAGCUUCUAGGGCAGGAGGUGUCUUGUGAUCAAGAACCACAAAUUGUUCUUUUUAAGUAAAUUAUAAUAUGUAAAUAUGAAAAUGUUUCUUUUCUUUUUUUUUUCUUUUUUUUUUACUUUACAAUAAUGAAUCGCACUUUGUCAUUACAAAAUACUGUCUAAAUGCAUUACGCUCCCACACUCUCCCACACAUUUAUCUCAGAGUUUUUAGUAUUCCUAAGUAUAAAAUUUAAAUAAACAUUUUGUUAAUUAUAUGCAGUUCUAAUAAAUGCAAUGUAAUCAUGUUUAAGACAAACCAUUGUAAAUAUAAAAAAAAAAAAAAAAAGGUUCUACAUGCUUGCUUGCUGAAAUGUGGUCGGCGCACACAGCCGUUCCCUCAAUCUGACUUUAAUUCAACAUUUAUCAUAGUUAUCGAUAUAUGAUUAUAAUCGUUGCUAAAGUGUUAUUGUUACUGUCUUGGAUUCCUACAGGUUUUGAACGGUUCCGAAUCAAAUUUAAAAUCGUUCAGAAUGAAUAGGACACGCAAAGUGUCAUGCAUUGGUUAAAGUGUGUCUACAUAUCAAUGCAGGUGCUCCUCUCAGCUGUGAGCAUGAGCGUAUUACUGUGUAGAAAACAAGAUGAGCAUGGAUAAACGAAUGAAAGAAAGUUUAGACGGUUUAAUAAAUGCAUCUUUAAGUGCUCACACACUUAGCUGAGAUAGAUUUUGUUGAAAAUACAUAUAUUUUAUAAGUGAUUUAUAUACAUUGGGUACAAUGCAAUCAGAAUGUAUGUUAUGUUUUUGCUCUUUUCAUUUUGCUGUUGUUGUUGUUAUAACGGAUGUUUUUUCAUAUUGUGUGAAUAUUUUAUUGCUUAUGUUCCUUCGUUCAAUAGCAAGCUUAUGUAAUUUCUUUCAUAUGCAUGGAAUUUAAAAGAAAAAGAUAAAGUCUGCCAUUCAUAUAUUCAUUAUUGGGCAUUAAAACUGUAUAUGUACGUUUUUUAUUGUGUUAUGCAAUAUAAAGCAAUUUUAAUCUUGUUUUUAACUACAAAGGAAAACAAAACCCUCUUAACAAUAAAUUUCAGCUCUUAACAAUCUUAAACGCAACAUUAACAGCACUACUCUUGGGCUUAAUACAAACCUUAUGUGCAUAUGCAAUGCUGGAGACCCUCAAGUGCCUGUCUUUGGGCCCUUGGGGUUCCAGAAGAGGAACAAUUAUCGAGCCCGUUUCCAUGGUGGCUGACUGUAAGGCGCAUUGAACUGCUUCAGACAGCGGUCAGACGGUGAGAACGGGACGUCCCAUUUGCACUGUCAUUUGGGGGAGCCUCUUUGGCUUGCCCCUUUUUGCCAGAAUGAACUUGACUAUCAUUGCUUAAGAGCAAGCCGCAGCUUAUUUGAUAGGUUUUAAUGCCAGUUUGUCAGUAUUCCUUUGUUGUUGUCUUUUUCUUUUUCUUCUUCAAAAAUCGAUGAAUAAUUAAAUAAAAGAAAAAUGCAUAGCAGAGUUUAAUGCUCCAAUUGCCACUGGUAAAGAAGAAUUUAAAUCUUAUACUAAGAUAGCUUUUAAAUGUAUGUCGGAAUAAAUAAACUCUUUUCUUUCUCAGUUUUUAAGGAAUAAAAAAUAUAUUUAAGAGGUUACUUUUUCUAUAGAUGUAAAAAGAGCCUUUGAAAUGAUAUACAUUGCCCUGACCUGUACAUUGCAGGCUACGGGGAAGAUACUAAAUGGGGGUCUAAAGGAAGCUCAGUGUCUUAACAGUAGCAAGAGGCUGUGCGUUUUUACAGACCAAAAAAAAAAGAAUAAAAAAAAUUAAAAAUCUUUCCGAUGAGGUUUUGUAGUUGUUUUUACACGCAAAUUGAUAUGUGUAGUUUACUUUGUUCGCGGUUUUCUAUAAAAAAAGGGAGAAAUUGAACACAGAGGCUCCUUUGCUCCCAAUAUAAUACUAAAAAUGUGGAUUUUUUUUCUAAAAGAGCCAUUUUUUGCUAACAAAAAAAGAUCUAAAAUAGCAAUAACGACAUAACAUCACCGAUAAAUGAGCAGGAUUAGCCAGUCUGAUGAUGAAAGUACAAAUUCACCAAUGUAUAUAGCCAGUUUCUUUUCAUUUUACAAAAAUUGUAUCAUAAAUGUAUAUUGUGUUUCUUUCUCUUUUUUUUCAGAAUGAGAAAAAAACCUUACAUAAUAGUUGUUAUAUUUUAUGUUGUGUUUUUACAAACAAAAAGAAAGAAAAUGUUUUAAAAACUAUUUCAUAGGUUGUAUUCCCAAUGCAAGCAUAUUCAGUCCUUUAUUCUGCUUUUUUUGUGCUAAAAAAAAUUAUAGUAUGUUCAGUAAAAUCGUUAUGGUAAAUGCAUUUUUUCUGUUAUCAAUGUUUUGUUACGUUCAGCUAAAUAUCACAUACUUCAGUUCUGGUUGAAUCAGACAUUCAUAUUCUUAUUUUAACAAUCUGUUCUCCUUUUUUCAUGCCGAUAUAUCUUCUUAGCCCUUCACUGCUGCUAUAACAAUAUACUAUAAACUUUGCAACUCUUGAAAAAUAUUUUUAUGUAAGAGAUUAAUGUAUGCUUUUUUCUUCUACUGAUGCCGCUUAUAUGCUUGGAUCUGGCCAAUUUAUCCCUCUUAGAUGUUCCCUUUAUCCCCUCACAUGGACUAUAAUGUAAGAUAGAGAGCUCUAUGAGAUUAGAGUUGAAAGUAAUUCGGCUUAUAUACUGCAGUGUCAGGAUGUACAGUGUAUAGACCCAUAAUCAAAAAUAAAGUUGUUUGUCCAGAAA